UUGAUGUUGUGCAGGUCGGGAGUCUGAUGGCAGAACCAGAGAGGACUGAAGCUCCCUGUUGUUCCACUUUAACCACUCAGCAGCUGCAGCAGAAUCUGCGGGCGGAGAAGAAGAGAGAGAGACCCGUCAGGCUGCUGUUUGAAAUCCCCACGACUCGAAUCAUCGAACAUCUUCUGUCCAAAUAUGUGGUGUAUGACAUCGUGGUGAUGCGUUCUGGCAGCUUUGAUUCCCGCCAUGUGUCGGUGGAACGCCGUUACAGCGAAUUCUCCCGCCUCCACCACGACCUGCUGGAAGAGUUCGGCGAUGAGCUGGAGGAGGUCGUUCUCCCGCCCAAACUCCUGAGCGGGAACUUCAGCGCUGACGUCAUCUCGAAGCGCCGCCUGGCCCUGCAGGACUACCUGGCGAGACUCUACGCUGCUCGCUGCGCCCGCCACGCUCCCCGCUUCGCCCGCUUCUUCACCGAGCCGGAGCAGAAACGGGCGCACGGCCUGCUGCGGGCGGGGAAGUUCACGCUCGCCACGCAGCAACUGCAGACCGUCCUGGAGCUGGAGGAGAAGCUGUUACCGUGGCAACACCCGACACUGAGCGUGCCCACGCUGGCCGCCCUCGCCGUGUGUCACCGCGACCUGGAGGAGGCGGAGCCGGCUUUCGCGGCGGCACAGAAAGCGCUGCCGGCGACCAGACGCUACGGGCUGAAGCAGUACCAAGCGGCGCUGCUGGAGCUGCUGGUGGAUCUGGGGUACCAGCUGGGACGUCCCACGGCCACGCUACAGCACGAGCUGACCCUCCUGAGGGACGCCGAGAGGGGCGAGGCCACCACGCGCUCGCUGAAGGAGAUAGUCGUCCAAAACUUCACCUGAGCGCCUGAAGGAGUUAGAGGACGUGGGCUCGCCAACAGAUUCUCUUCACUGACAGAAUGAUGUCAUUAGGUGGCGUGAUGGCAUGAUGUAUGACACGCCAGUGCGUAUAUGCAGUUUUUGCGUGUUAUCAAGACGCAUUAUCACUUUUUUGCGUGUUUAUCAACGCCGUUUGGUCUCCAUUGA